AAACACAAAAACUGAUUCGCGAUAAACUCCGAUUCUCCCUCUAUAUAUACCUUCUUCUUCUCCUCUCUCUCCUCUUCAAAACCUCCAAACGUGCUCUCUCUCUCUAGAAAGACUUCAUUUUCUCUUUCUUCUCCCAAGUAAAAUCUUAUUCCAAUGGCGUCAGCUGUGACCAAUGACAGCUCAGGCUCUUCCCUCAUAGUCAGCUUCGGCGAGAUGUUGAUCGACUUCGUCCCUACCGUCUCCGGUGUGUCCUUAGCCGAGGCACCUGGUUUUCUGAAGGCUCCCGGUGGUGCCCCAGCCAACGUCGCAAUCGCCGUCGCUAGGCUUGGUGGGAAAGCUGCCUUCGUUGGUAAGCUCGGCGAUGACGAAUUCGGCCACAUGCUCGCUGGGAUCUUGAAGGAAAAUGGAGUGAUCGCUGACGGUAUCAACUUUGACAAAGGAGCAAGGACGGCUUUGGCGUUCGUGACUCUACGCGCUGACGGCGAGCGUGAAUUCAUGUUCUACCGUAAUCCAAGCGCUGACAUGCUUUUGACACCUGAAGAGCUGAAUCUUGAACUUAUUAGAUCUGCCAGAGUUUUCCACUAUGGAUCAAUAAGCUUGAUAGUGGAGCCAUGCAGAUCAGCACACCUCAAGGCAAUUGAAGCGGCCAAGGAAGCAGGAGCUCUGCUCUCUUAUGACCCAAAUCUGAGGCUACCAUUGUGGCCUUCUCCCGAGGAAGCUCGUGAGCAGAUACUGAGCAUUUGGGACAAGGCAGAGGUGAUCAAAGUCAGCGAUGUAGAGCUUGAGUUCCUCACUGGAAGUGACAAAAUUGAUGACGCUGAUGCCUUGUCACUUUGGCAUCCUAACUUGAAGUUGCUGUUGGUCACCCUUGGUGAGAAGGGUUGCAGAUAUUACACCAAGAAUUUCCAUGGAUCAGUGGAGGCUUUCCAUGUCAACACUGUGGAUACAACAGGUGCUGGUGAUUCAUUUGUAGGAGCUCUAUUAUUAAAGAUUGUGGAUGAUCAAUCUAUUCUUGAAGAUGAGCCAAGAUUGAGAGAAGUACUUAAGUUUGCAAAUGCAUGUGGAGCCAUUACAACCACCAAAAAAGGAGCUAUUCCUGCCCUUCCUACCGAGGACGAAGCCCUCAGCCUAAUCAAGGGCUCAAAAUAGACAAUUUGAAGAAAAAAAAAUUAGUGCUUUCAAACAAAAGUUUCUUCUUUUGUCUUUGUUUCUAUUUUGUUUAUCUUGUCAAUUUAACACUUGCCUUCGGUAGGAAUCGCUUGUCAACUCAAAAUGAAAUGAUUAAACUGCUUUCAGGUUGCUCAAUAAAAUAUUUUGAUCUUUUGUGUAAAGAACUAAA